AUGUAUGACUAUCAAUCACAAACGAGCCUUCCACCAAUACGUGCUCGUCAACAACGUCAAUCUGGCGUACAAGUACAACAAUUAUAUGAAAGUAGUCCAGUUCUAGCCGCUCUAUCACAUCAUCCAACAACACAAUAUACAUCACAUAAACUACAGCAUGGUGAUUCGUCUUCAUUUAUCAAUGGAAAUUCUACAAUAGUGAAUAAUAACAAUGGAACAAUUAAUGGUUAUCAUAAUAAUAAUAAUAAUAAUCAUCGUAAUAGUAUAUCUCAAGCACCUAUUCAACAAAAUACAUCCGAACAAUCACUACGUAAAAGUCCGAGUGUCGAUAGUAUGCUUAGUAUCCGUUCAUCAUCACAACAACGACGUUCAACAAAUGUACUUGAUCCUGAUACUGCUAUGAAAACUUAUAUGUCGAAAUUGACAGCUUAUGAACGACAUGAAAUAUUUUCUUAUCCACAAAUUUAUUUCGUUGGACAAAAUGCACGUAAAAGACAAGGUGUUGGUGGUGGACCUAAUAAUGGUAAUUAUGACGAUGAAAAUGCUUCUUAUAUUGCUGUUCAACAUGAUCAUAUAUCCUAUCGUUAUGAAGUUUUAAAAAUUCUUGGUAAAGGUUCAUUUGGUCUUGUUGUAAAAUGUUAUGAUCAUAAAACUGGUCAACAAGUUGCAUUAAAAAUUGUUCGUAAUGAAAAACGUUUUCAUCGUCAAGCUCAAGAAGAAAUUCGUAUACUUGAACAUUUACGUAAACAAGAUCGUGAUAAUACAUUUAAUGUUAUUCAUCUUUUUGAAUGGUUUCAAUUUCGAAAUCAUAUUUGCAUUACAUUUGAAUUACUUUCAAUGAAUCUUUAUGAAUUAAUUAAGAAAAAUCGUUUUCAAGGUUUUAGUUUACAACUUGUAAGAAAAUUUGCACAUAGUAUAUUACAAUGUCUUGAUGCAUUAUAUCGAAAUAAAAUAAUACAUUGUGAUCUUAAACCUGAAAAUAUAUUAUUAAAACAACAAGGUAGAAGUGGUAUUAAAGUAAUUGAUUUUGGUUCAAGUUGUUUUGAGCAUCAACGUGUUUAUACAUAUAUUCAAUCAAGAUUUUAUAGAGCACCAGAAAUUAUCCUUGGAGCUAAAUAUGGUUUACCAAUUGAUAUGUGGAGUCUUGGAUGUAUAUUAAGUGAAUUACUUACUGGCAUGCCUUUAUUUCCUGGUGAAGAUGAAGCUGAUCAAUUAAGUUGUGUUAUUGAAUUAAUUGGAAUGCCUAGUCAAAAAGUACUUGAUGCAUCAAAACGAGCAAGAAAUUUUGUUAGUUCUAAAGGACAUCCACGAUAUUGUACAGUAACAACAUUACCCGAUGGAACAACAGUUUUACAAGGCGGUCGUUCAAAACGUGGCAAACAUCGUGGACCACCGGGUAGUAAAGAUUGGUCACAAGCAUUAAAAAAUUGUGAUGAUCCAUUAUUUAUUGAUUUUCUUAAACGUUGUCUUGAAUGGGAUCCACAAAUAAGAUUAACACCAGCACAAGCCUUACGACAUUCUUGGCUUCGUCGUCGUUUACCUAAACCUCCAUCUGAAGCUCCACCACCAAAUCGUCCAUCAGCUGUACUUCGUCAUCAUCAUUUACUUGCCGCUCAACAAACACAACAACAAACAUCAAAUGGAGAUAGAACUACAAUGGGUGGUCAAUUAAAUAGUGAUAUGGGUGGUGGUACAAAUGGAAUUUAUACAAAUCAUCAUCAUCAACAACAAUUAUAUAAUACAACUAGUAAUAUAUCAACAAAACCAUAUCCUUCAACAAAUGAGCUCAAUCGACAUCAGAAACUACCACAUAUUGGUGGUGUUCAACUUAAUUCUAUAAUCGACUAA